AUGCUCCCUUUGCCUCUGGCCUUGCUGGCUGCCAUGAUAGUUGUACUGCUGGUGCCCCCCACUAUGGCUAAGACCACUCGCUGGCCUAAACAGCCAUACACCAAGCCUCCAGCUCCUGGUCGCCUCCCUGCUCCAGCAAGGCCCCCGAUCGCCCCUGGGCGGCAGGGGAUCCGCCCCACCACUCCCACCAGUGCAUCCAGCACCACAGCCGAGGAGACCACAGAGUCCAUGGAUGCCUACUCACUGGCUGCAACAGAUAGUACAACUUUUCCUGACCAUGCCUUCCCAGAAUACCACACAGAUUCCCUGCCACCUCCUGGUGUUCCACCUGGAAACUACAGCCUGGAUUACAAUGAGUGCUUCUUUAACUUCUGCGAGUGCUGCCCACCAGAAAGAGGUCUCCCAGGCCCGAUGGGUGAGGCAGGAUUGCCAGGUAAUGAUAGCAAAAUAGGUGUUUCAGGACUUCCUGGAGAAAAGGGUGAGAUAGGACCCCGAGGACUACCUGGUGUAGUGGGAAUCCAAGGACCAAUGGGCCCAAAAGGAGAAAAAGGAGACAAAGGAGACCAAGGAGCCAGUGGGCUUGCUGGAAUUCCAGGCAUUGUGGGAAAACCUGGAGAAAAAGGCGACCCUGGCCCCAAGGGGGAAAAAGGAGACAUGGGCUUUCCUGGCUUUAAAGGAGAGCAGGGGGAAAAAGGUGACCGCUGUGAGAAUGGGAUCAAGGGCGAGAGGGGGGACACAGGGGAACAGGGGUCUGUGGGGCCUCCGGGGCCAGCUGGAGAAAAGGGGGACAUUGGGCAGAAGGGAGAGUGCCUGAAUAUCACUGUCAAGGGAGAAAUGGGGCUGCCUGGUGCACAGGGACCUCCUGGCAUAGCAGGAGCCAAAGGCGACAUGGGCCCUGCAGGGGCGAAGGGGGAGAUGGGGGUACGAGGAGCCCCUGGAGCGCAGGGAGUGAGGGGCAUUAGUGGGCCAAAGGGUAACAAAGGGGCUAAGGGUCCUCGAGGACUCCGGGGCCCAAAGGGCUCACAAGGGGAAAGCGAGAUGCAGAACCGCUCUGCGUUCAGCGUCGGCUUGUUCCCCAGCAAGUCCUUCCCAGCACCAGGCCUCCCAAUCAAGUUUGACAAAGUCUUUUAUAAUGACGAUGGGCAUUAUGACCUUAACAUCAGCAAAUUUAACUGCACCUUCUCCGGUGUCUACAUCUUCACCUACCACAUUACUGUGCGAAACCGACCACUGCGUGCAGCUCUGGUGGUCAAUGGUAUCAGGAGACUGCGCACACGUGACUCUCUCUAUGGCCAAGAUAUUGAUCAGGCUUCCAACCUAGUAAUGCUAAAGUUAACUGUUGGUGACCAGGUUUGGCUUGAAACCCUGCGGGACUGGAAUGGGGUGUAUUCCAGCAGUGAGGAUGACAGCACUUUUACUGGCUUUCUGCUGUAUGCUGACAAGGACUGA